CUAAAGGCGCCCCCUGGCGGUGAGAGGGGAUAAUAAGCUAAAUGCUUUUGGUUCUGACCGGUCGGUACCAAGCAGCUGACGGAGCUGCUGACCUCAAACAAGAACUUUCUCCUGGGAGCUGCAGGCAAACCUGACAUGACAGAAGAUGGUGUGGAGAUAAUGAUGAAAAUAGCAUUGAAGCUUGAAAAUGCAGCGUCAGCUGAACAAAGUCCUGAAAACAUCUGAGAACUUCCUGUGCAGGUUGUUGAUGAGAGCUGAUUAACAGAACCAGAACCAACCAUAGCUCACCUACUGAACUAGUUCUUCCAGUAGAAUUAUCUCAUCGAUGGGAGUUGCACUGAUGACAAAAUGAAGACUUUAUUGACAUGUUUUCUGUUUUUAAGCUUGUGAGGAUCUGCUAUUGACCGGAGCACCAGGCAUCAUGGCGGCAGCAGAACCUGAUGUUCAACCAUUGAAACACAGCAUGAGCAAUGAAGACCUACGUCCAGACAUGUCUGAGCAGAAGGAUGGAGAUAAGGAUGCAAGUUUAAUCAUGACUGUAAAAGCUAAACCUCCUCUAAACCUGGUUCUGUGUGGGAGGAGAGGAGCAGUGAAGACCUCAGCAGCCAAGGUCAUUCUAGGUCAGACAGAGCUUCAUUUAGCCUCCAACUCAUCAGAGUGUGUUAGAAACCAGGGACAGGUGUGUGGACGUUGGGUUUCUCUGGUGGAGCUGCCUGCCUUGUAUGGAGAAGCUCAGCAGAAGGUGAUGGAGGAAUCAUUCAGGUGUAUCUCCCUCUGUGAUCCUGAGGGUGUCCACGCCUUCAUCCUGGUCCUACCUGUGGGUCCCCUCACCGAUGAAGACAAGGGAGAGCUACAGACCUUCCAGGACACCUUCAGCUCUCGGGUCAAUGACUUCACCAUGGUUCUGUUCACUGUGGAGUCAGAUCCAGCAGCUCCAGCUGUUGUUAACUUUGUGAAGGAGAACAAGGACAUCCAGGAGCUCUGUCAGAGCUGUGGAGGAAGAUAUGUUGUUGUCAACAUCAAGGACCAGCAGCAGAUCCCAGAACUGAUGGAGAAGGUGGAGACCUUGAUUGGCCAGAAGCCCAAGUUGUAUUCAAAUGACAUGUUCACCAGGGUCUUGAUUGAGAGAACUUUAAAAGUUGAAGCUGAACUUCAGGAUGUGAAACAAAUGAGUGAGAUGAGAGGUGAAGAUGAACUCAGGAAAGAGAUAGAAGAAGUAAAGGAAAAGGAAGAAGAGCAGAAGAAAAAGCAGAGAGAAGAUAUUAAAGCACUAAGAUCUCAACUUGAACAGGAAAGAAAACUGAAAGUUCAGCUGCAGAAGGAAAAAGACGAAUCUAUGAAGAAGGAGCUUGAAAAGAGAAAGAAAGAACGCGAGGAAGAGGAAAGAAAAUGGAAAAAACAAGAAGAGUGGCAGCGAAAAGAGUGGAAACAAAAACUUGAUGCUUCAGAAAAACGAGUUCAUGCUGAGCUAGAGCAAAGAGAAGCGACUGAGAAGAAGCUGGAUCAGUGUAGACGAGAGAGGAACAGGGAACGGGAUGCUUGGGAUAAAGAAAAGGUCAACUUCUUGGAACGUUUGCAUCAGGAUCUGAAACGAGACCUGCAGGAGACGAAGAAGAACCUGGAGGAGGAGAGGACGAGUCACAGAAAGCUCCAGGAGGAGUUCUACCAGAAAAGGAGGAAAUGGACUUAUUUAGGGUUCACUUUAUUAAUGUUCGUGUCUCUUGUGUUAUUAUAUGUGUAUCAAAGCCGUUAGCUAUUCAACCCAAACGGUCCCAAUAGAUGGACCCGGCUGGGAUCUGGUUCCAUCCAGCAUGUUACUGUUUAGUAACUGGAGCAUAUGGAGGAAUCCCAGUGCAGAUAACUGGGAUUAACAGAAUAACACUGUUAAUGAUGAUGUACUUUAUCUGUCGACUGAGACCCAGAACCACCAGAAGUUCUACACUGGUAGAUGUUUGUAUGAACACAUUUUAUACAGUUUUAAACUCUAAUAAUGCAGAAACAAGCAAUGUGUUGCCAUGUUUAUACAUGUCUUUAACUCUAAUUAUACAGUUUUAAUAUUACUAUAAUAAUUAUGGAGGAUAUGCAUUAUUUUCUUUGGUCCAGAACCACAGAUGUUUUUUCUCACUAACUGGUCCAGACAGAGCUGCUCUGGACUAAUACUGCAUUGGUUAAAACUGAAAUAAAACAAUAAGACUUUCACUUGA